GGCUGCUGGGGACUAUCCCUGCUCCCACGUGUGUCUUCUCCCCAGGUGGAUGAGCUGAAGGCCAAGCUGGCAGCCCAGGAGGUGGAGCUGAAGCAGAAGAGUGAGGAUGCUGACAAGCUGAUCGAGGUGGUGGGGGUGGAGACGGAGAAGGUGAGCAGGAAAAAGGCCGUGGCCGACGAGGAGGAGAGGAAGGUGGCACUGAUCACCCAGGAGGUGGAGCAGAAGCAGAAGGACUGUGAGGAGGACCUGGCCAAGGCUGAGCCAGCCCUGGCAGCUGCCCAGGCUGCUCUCAACACCCUCAACAAGACCAAUCUGACAGAGCUGAGAUCCUUUGGGUCCCCCCCUUCUGCCGUCAGCAACGUCACUGCAGCCGUGAUGGUGCUGACGGCCCCGGGAGGGAAGAUCCCCAAGGACAGGAGCUGGAAAGCAGCCAAAGUGGCCAUGGCCAGGGUGGAUGGCUUCCUGGACUCCCUGAUCAAGUUCAACAAGGAGAACAUCCACGAGAACUGCCUCAAAGCCCUCCAGCCUUAUUUACAAGACCCCAAGUUCAACCCCGAGUUCGUGGCCACCAAGUCGGCGGCGGCGGCCGGGCUGUGCUCCUGGGUGGUGAACAUCGUGCGCUUCCACGGCGUCUUCUCUGAGGUGCAGCCCAAGAGGCAGGCCCUGAGCAGGGCCAACACUGAGCUGGCAACAGCCCAGGACAAGCUGAGCACCAUCAAGGCCAAAAUUGCGCGCCUCGACCAGAACCUGGGCAGGCUCAGGGCCCAGUUUGAGGAGGCCACUUCAGACAAGCUCAAGUGCCAGCAGGAGGCUGCAGCCACAGCGAGAACCAUCGCCCUGGCCAACAGGCUGGUUGGGGGACUGGCCUCUGAGAAUGUGAGAUGGGCUGAGGCUGUGAAGGCCUUCAAGGAGCAGCAGAGCACCUUGUGUGGGGAUGUCCUGCUGAUCACGGCCUUUGUGUCCUACCUGGGCUACUUCACCAGGAAAUACCGCCAGGACCUCCUGGAGGGCAUCUGGAAACCCUACCUGCACCAGCUCAAAGUGCCCAUCCCUGUGAGCCCGUGCCUGGCCCCCCUGGCCAUGCUGGCGGACGAG